UUUUCCUCCGCUGGAAGCCAUGAUGGAAGUUUGAGAGUUCAGCUGGAGAGAGAGACGCGGCGAGAGAAACGGCGAGAAAUGAAGAUGAUUCCCUUCGACGGAUUUGAGGCGUGGAGGUGUUGAUGACGUCUGGGCGCUCGGAGGUCGGUGUGUGAGCCGCGGGGAGGCUGACAGCGGUGUGUUUCGGUGCGUUUUUGUGUCGGAAAUCGCGUCGACCUUUUGAGCGGCGGAGAUGAUCGCGGUGUAGGACAGCUUCGGCUUUUUAAAGGUGGAGGAGAGACACCGAGAGAGAAAGAACGAGAGCGAAAUGGCAGCUAGAGCCUGAUAGGGGGUAAUAGGGAGGUUUCCUGGCCCCUGUCGACCCCCCCCCCUCCUCCUCCCCCCCACUACCACUACAGGAGAGGCGAUGGAGAGGUUUUCCUGCCCGGUUCGGAGGUAAAUCACGGCGGAUCUGAUGCUCUGCAUUUGGGCUUCUGGAGGAUCCGAGAGCCCUUUUCUCUCCUGGAGGAUUGGGACACUCAGGAUUUCUGCUUUCAUUUUACUCUCUACGAGCAUCCUGAUCAGCUUUAGGACUCAUUUAUAAAGCUUGCAUGGAGUGUAAUUAGUGCUAUGUCUGUGUCAGACCCUGAGACCGUCUGCUUCAGGCCUGCUGUAGUCUGGACCGGAGCCCUGCUUGGGCCCUUCAAGCUUUAGGACACUCACAGCAUCAAAUCCUGAACAGCAUCUCAUUUUGAUGCUGAAACUAUCCUCAUUUUAACACUUCUGAUACUUUUUUCUAUAUUAAAGGAGAGAUCCGGGAAGCUAUCAUAGACACAAGCUUUGAUAAUCGUAAUUUUAGUCAGAGUUCUAACAGAACCUCUCAGACGACGAGGCAUAAUCCGGGUCCCUGUCCGUCCGUCCACACUUCCUCAAAGACGCAAAUAAUCCUGUUUGUGUGUUUCUUUUUUUUUUUUUUUUUUUUUUUAAAUAAGCUGUUUCCUGUUCUCCUGCUCUAGGUGUAUAAAACAUAUAUUCAUUGAUAACUCUUAAUUUGUAUACAGAAUCAGGACCAUUUGGAGAACCACCACAGCGUGAUCUAAUCACAGACCCGGCCCAUCAUUACUGUAGCCUGGAGUAUCCUAGCGCUGCUUCUCCAUCCUUUCAUUUUGGAGUGGUUCCACCUUCCUUAUCUUUAUCCACAACCAAAACUCCUGAUCAUCAUCAAGAACUCGAGAACCUCGAUUUGAAAUUUGAUUUCACCCCCGGGAGCCUUUUCUUCUUUUUGCACGAAUCAGGAAUCUCUACAAGGCCUGGAUUGGGCUUCAAUGAUCUAAAAAUAAUCCAGAUAGUCACAUCUACAACCCCGGACCACGUCUUUAUGUCCGUAUUAAGCAGAUUGAAAAACUUUGUGGACGCAGAUAUACGCUUAACCUAAUUAGCCAAGGUUUCGUAAAUGGAAUCUGCUGGAUUGGACGUGUCUGAGGCUGUUGUGGUGUAAAAACACACACACAAACGCGCGUGUAAAUAUAGAAAUCUGCUUCAAAGCAGUGCAUACAGGGACGUGGGACUUUUUCUACAGAAAAAGUCACGUUUGUGAGUGAACUUGGGAACUGCGAUGGCGUUCAUUAAGCAGAUUGUGAGCCGAGAAAAGAGGAGAUACCAGGAAGAUGGAUUCGAUCUGGACCUUACCUAUAUUUACCCAAACAUCAUCGCUAUGGGGUUUCCAGCCGAGAGACUGGAGGGAGUUUACCGCAACAACAUAGAUGAUGUCGUACGAUUUUUGGAUUCCAAACACAGAAACCAUUAUAAAAUAUAUAACCUGUGUGCAGAACGACACUAUGACACAGCCAAAUUCAACUGUCGGGUUGCUCAGUACCCGUUUGAAGACCACAACCCCCCUCAGCUGGAGCUCAUUAAGCCAUUUUGUGAGGAUCUUGAUCAGUGGCUGUCCGAGGACGAGAACCAUGUCGCAGCCAUUCACUGUAAAGCAGGAAAAGGCCGCACCGGGGUGAUGAUCUGCGCUUACCUGUUGCAUCGUGGGAAAUUCAUGGAGGCGCAGGAAGCGUUGGAUUUCUACGGAGAAGUGAGGACCAGGGACAAGAAGGGUGUGACAAUCCCGAGUCAGCGGAGGUACGUGCACUAUUACAGCUAUCUGCUCAAAAACCAUCUGGACUAUAAACCUGUGGCUCUACUGUUCCAUAAAAUGGCAUUUGAGACGCUCCCCAUGUUCAGCAGUGGCACUUGCAACCCUCAGUUUGUUGUCUACCAACUUAAGGUGAAAAUACACACAUCCAAUCCGGCUCACACGAGGAGAGAGGACAGAAUCAUUCAUUUUGAGUUUCCUCAGCCACUUCCAGUAUGUGGUGACAUUAAAGUCGAGUUCUAUCAUAAGCAGAACAAGAUGAUGAAGAAGGAUAAAAUGUUCCACUUCUGGGUUAAUACGUUCUUCAUCCCAGGACCGGACGAGGGCGGAGAACGAGUGGAGAACGGCUCAGCAAUGAAUGACAGCGACAGCCACUCGUCCAAUCAGAGCCAGAGUUCUCCCUCGGAGCGGGAUAGAGGGAUGGGUGGAGGAGAGAGAGAGCGGGACAGGGAGAGAGAAGGAGAGAGAGACUACUUGAUUCUAGUGCUGACAAAGAACGACCUGGACAAAGCAAAUAAAGAUAAGGCGAACAGAUACUUCUCUCCUAACUUUAAGGUGAAGCUGUUUUUCACGAAGACGGUGGAUGAGUCGUCGAACUCUGAGGCGAGCACUUCCACCUCCGUCACUCCGGACGUUAGUGACAACGAGCCGGAUCAUUACCGUUACUCGGACACAACCGACUCGGACCCAGAGAACGAACCGUUUGACGAAGAACAGCACACACAGAUCACAAAAGUCUGAAUGCUACACACAUAUAUUCAACUACCUACAAUAGAGACAUGGACAUUAAACAGCCAACCAACACCAGACGUAAAAAAAAAAAAAAAGGAGAAAACUUGAAAAAUGUACUGAAGAGAAAAGGACCUGCCCACAUCGCUAUCGCUAACCAAACCAUCUCUCCUGCUCUCCUGACCAAUCUCUGCUUUUAUUAUUAUUAUUAUUAAUAUUAUUAUUAUUAUAAUAUGGAUAUUGACGGCAUUGGCGGGGGCGAGUGGGCGGGUCCUGUAGCUACUCUGUAUAUAUAUCUAUAUAUAAAUAUAAAUCUAUAUUAAAAAAAAUCCAGUUUUGUGUCAGACGAUAAAAACUUGGCAAUCAGGCGAGGAGAGGAGGAGCAGGACGGGCAAAGACGAAACCACACUCGUUCAUUUCUCCAUCCUUCUUUUUUUUCCUUCUCUUCACCCAGGCCAGUGCUGCAGUCGCCAGACGCUCCCUCCAUCUCCUCCUCUCCCUCGUAAAAAACCCUACCCCCUCCCUAACCCUUGCUCGCUGUCCUCUCCCUGGGCGUGUGCUGAUACUCGAACAGUUGACGUAGAUCCUAAAUAAGACACAGCUGAGGAACGAAUGAUCUUGCAUCAAAAUGGCCAUUUAAAUUUUAUUCCCCAAACGAGUCGAAAUGGGUUAAGUAAUCAAGCUUAUUAUGGAAUAUUGCGAAUAUUGUACAGUUAAACAGGACAUGAUUUUUUUUUUUCACGUCAGUUGAAGCAGUUUUUCUGUCUAUUAUCAUCGGGGGCGAAGCUUCUUUCUGACCCAUUGGAUCAUUUGGGAACAUUGUCCAUAAAUCAAAUGAGCAAAAUAAACAACAUUGAACCUGGGGCAAUUGGUGCAUGCUGAUGUCACUCUGAAUCUUUAAGAAUGUUGAUGCUAUGCAACCUGAAAUGGUAUACUUGAUGUAUUCGCUAGGUGAUUAGCUAGCUGUUGAUCUGGCUAGCUCACAACAUAAGGGCGCAAAGUGAUUUUGGGAACCGGAUGGAGUAAUUAGUAAUGUCAAGAUUUAUGAUGUCAGUGUCAGUAAAUUGAAAAAAAUAUAUACUUUAAUACUAAAAUUACAUUUUAAGUACUGCUAGCACAUUCGGUUACAAUUAGUACGUCUAAAGGUACGUCAGUUGUUUAAAUAGACUUCCUGGUCAUUUUAUGGGUGUGUGAUAUGUGUGAUAUGACUGGGCUAUAUUAAGAAAAGACAAAUUUUCGGUCCUGUUUUAUUCUGAUGCAUGAAGGUGACAGUUAGCUGACUGUUAUUUUUCAAAUUUGAAUUCCAACUGCCGACUGGUGAUGUCACGCUGGGAUCCUGGAACUCGUUUAAACUCCGCCUCCUUUCCGUCACCAAGAUCAGUUAAUAGAACAAACAAGAAACCAAGAGUCACUUUUAGUGACCCCUAGACGACGUGACUUUUUUUUUUUUUUAGAUGUCAGUGACCUGAUGUCAGUGGAACAGUGUUUGAAUUUAACUCCACCCACAUUCUGAGGCAAAUUUGCCUAUUCAAACUUUGCAGGUUAGUAAUGCUGUUUAGAUUCAGCUUUUCAUAACUGUUAUUUUUUUAAAUUAGAAUUCCAACCGCCAUCUGAUGUCGCAUCAAGGUUAGAGAUUAAAUUCCGCCUUCUUUUUGUUACUGAGCUCGCUCACAAUCAUGCCAUGUUGUGUAAUUUUAGUGUUAUACAUCUUUUGCACAGUGUAUUUACCUGUUAAUUCUUAUAAGAUUUUGAAAAAUAAAUUGCCCCACACUCUAUCAGCAUCCGCCCAUUUCCCUCACUGUGAACGCUUCUUGUGCCGUCUGCAAGCCCAUCCUACUUGACCUCUAACCCUUAUUUUCCCCUUGCAUUGUGAACUAUGAAUUCUGGGAUGCGUAGUUCCUUCCAACCCCCUUUCCCUUGCCGUUUCCUUGCUGUGUAUAAUGUUAAACUUUGCAGAAAGAAGAAAACCAUGUAAUUGUCCAUGUUUUUUUUUUAUCCUUAAAUAAAUCUAUAUAAAUUUAUCUAUAUAUAAUACACAGAAGCGCAGGGAACCAGUGUUUGCAAUAAUGUCAACACUCAACAUUUAAAGGACAAACUGGUGUGCAUGUUAUAUUGGAGUUAGUGUACAUGUUUAAUAAAAUGCUAUACAAUGUGUUUUUAUUAAGA